AUGUCAUCACCCUCCAGUGCGCCGGCCGGCGCCGCCGCCGCAGUGGAGGCCCUGCUCGCGAGCCUGCGCGAACGGCAGGUCCAGCCGACCCAGGAGGAGCUCGGCACGAUCUACGAGCUGGUGCUGCCGCCCGGCGCGUCGACAGACGCCGAGACACACUGGUACUGCGCGAAGGCGCCGUCCGACACGGCGCGCGAGGCGGCCACAUACCUCCUCUACCUGUUCGCAUUUACUGGCGAGCGCGCCAACACCUGGAAGGGCAAGCUCACGCAAGUCCUAACGGGGUGUGCUGCGUGCGCGCGCGCGUUCGGUGCCGUGCGUCGCCGCUUCGACCACAAGUACAUCUCGUUCUACCCCCUCGCCGCGCGCCAGAACUUCAACAACGCCGUCGACAGGUGGCAAGCCGCGCUCAUCGUCGCCGAGCUGGACAGGGCGCGGGGCUACGGCGCAGGCGACGCCCCGUCGUCGCUACUUGACCUGCCCGCCGCGCUGCUGCAGCUCUUCCUCAACGAGCCGAGUUCGCUCAAGGACGAGCGGCUCGCCGCCGCGCUCGACGCCGUGCUGGGAACUCGCGGCCCGACGGCCGUGAGCGCCCUCGGCGUCACGCCACUGGUCGCCAGCCUGCUCGUGGCGGCUGAGAAGGAUCGCCGCGAGUGGGCCCGCGGGCAGCUCGCGUGCGUCACCCGGCCGCUCGCCUUCGCAGAGUGGUACGCCAACGGCGUGGGGCACGAGGCGCACAAGCUGCUUACGGGCGGGUUCCCUGCUUCUGCUGGUGAGAAGUGGGAGUCGGUAGGCGUCCUCCUCGGCGAGGGCAGGCUGCAGCUCGAUUCCGUGCAGCAGGGCCUGUUGGAGGGCCGGUAUGAGGAGUCCUCCAGGGCCCGGCCAGACCAGAGCGUCAUGGCGUUCAUUGCGAGGUUACUUGGGAGUCCGUCAGAUUGUGAGUUGCGGGGCUGCGGGAUUGGGCUGACGCCAGCUUUCAACGAGAUGUUCCAAUGCUUUACGCGGCUCCUCAGCGUGUCGCCUACACACCACAUCUGGGCAUUCGACACCACCCCAGAGCUCCCACACACCCUCUUCUCCGAUAUCAAGAAGAACAAGUCGUUCCAGAAGCUGUUAAUGGGUGACGCCUCCGUCGAUGCGUCCGCCAAAGGCAAGGAGAAGGAACGGUCCGACAACCCCCUCAAUUGGCUCGGUGACUACCUGUUAUCAGUAGCCGAUGCGCAGAAGACGGACUCCACCGCCAACAGCAAGGGCUUCUCAGAGGUUCUGGCCAAGAUUGCCGGGUUCUGCUUCGUUGAAGCGCAGCACGAGCGCCUGCCAGUAUCGACGAGAAGCCUUGCAGCCGAGGCCGGAUGUCGUGCUCUUACCACUGUUCAAAAGACGCUCGGAUCGACCGACGGCGACGCGCUCCCGCUGGCCACGACGCUCGACGUUCACAGCAAGUUUGUUGCCGAAACGGCGUUCCAUCGAGGCGACGCUUCCGACUCGGCCUCCGAUGCUGCCCGUGGCCUCCUUUCCUUGGCGUUUGUCGCUGACGACAAGGAGCUAGUCGAGAGCGUGCUGGGCCUGGCUGCCAUUGCCAAUACCGAGAGGCGCAGGUUGAAGCUGCUGAAGCGCCGCUUGAAGCCUGGACAGCGACCACCGUCGCCUGUUAAGGUCGAGCGUCUUCAGCGCCCCAUCCUGAGGCGCGAGCUCUGGGACGCGGCGUACGACAACCUGCCACCAAGUGACGCUGUAGGGCUUGCCCUCAUGCUCAACUCGGUUGCUCCUGUCGCCCACUUGGAGAAGCUCGACCGCCACAUGGCAUACGAUUCCUCAGACCUCAAGGCAGUGGUCAACGCCGAAGAGUGGACCACGUGUGUUCGAACGAUCAACUCUGGUCUGAGGGCCACAAGUGAUCCAUUUGCCCAGAAGGUCGAAUCCUUUGCUCUUCAACCCAAUCCAGCAACGAUUGCAGCCCUUUGGCAACAGCCUGCGAUGGCCAAGACGGUUAUGAUCCUGCUCUUGUCUCCUAUGGAUGCCGUUCACGACCCCGUCAUCAACCUCGUUCAGCAGUCAUUCGAAGAUGUCGACGACCGUGGCGACUGUUUCCGCGUGCUUCUUGAGCGCUUCCCUUGUCCGGCCAUGGAUGGGCUUACGAGCUUCCUUUCAACAUUCAUCCGGACCGCCAGGAUCGUCCCCGAAGCCUGCUCAUUAGCAAAGUGGCUCGUACGCUGUUUUACCGACGUUCUCGACGCGUUGUGCCUUCCCGCAGGGAGCGAGCCGCCGCUACUACAAUCAGACACCUUCUUGGCGUCUCACAGCCAAGGAAGGUGGAUGACACGCCGUGUCAGCGACUUGUGGAUGCUCAUGACCGACUCGCUUGCCCUGAUUUUCAAGCGUACCGCUGGGUGGGCGCCUUACUAUGACAACGAAGUCAUGGUCGACUGGAUGCGCGACGCUCUUGUUUUCGGACGUGCUGUCACGGAGCACGUUCGUAUCUUUGAGUCGGCAGUGUUGAGCCGGACCAAGGCCAAGGAGGAGGGCGACGGCACCCCCGCCAAGAUGACCAACAUCGGCAAGAGCCUCAUCCAGAAGCUUGAGGUCAUGCUGACCGACCUCGUGGGCUGGUUGCGAUUGACCGAACCGGAAACAUUGCACCAGACGUUCGAGCUCAUCAAGACAAUUCUGGGCCGAGUUGCCAAGACCAAACCAGACCUUGCUGAAGACAAGACUCUGGAAGUUGCGCUUCUGGAGAUCGACAAGUUCUGUCGACGAGCGUCAUCUGGCUACAACUGUCGUUUGUCAGACGAUCAGCUUGGUGAGCUCUCGGAGCUUCUCGAUGAGUUCGACCUGGAGCGGAUGGACGAGGAUGAGAUCGAGUUUGUGGGCGAGACUGUGGCGGCAGACGUUACUGCCCGCCUCAAGGCUGCCACUCUGGACAAAUCCUCUCCAGCGCCUUCAUCAAAGCCUUCAUCCACCUCCUCAAAGGAGGAGAGACCAAAGGCGUCGACCCCGAAGCCCGCCAACAAUGCUUUCGCCAUGAUGAUGAAGAAUGCGGGAGGCAAAUACUCUCCUUCCGAUCGACCAUCGUCUUCGAAACCCAAGCCGACGAAGCCGAGGCAGACGACUCUGGAGGAGUUUGAAAACGACACCUUUAUGGACGACUUGUCUGCCGCGGACCUGGACAUUCUGGAACGCCGAGCUCAGGCGACGAGCGACUUCAAGAAGACGCAGUCGGCCCGCGUGACCAUCCCCGCUAACAAGGUUAACAAGGAGAAGCUGGUGUUAAAUCUUGUCCCUAAGGUCUACCCAAAGCCGGCAGCUUCUGGGUCGACCUUCACGUCCAAGUUCAUGAAGGAACUCAGUCGAGAGCACAAACAACAGCGUUCUGAUAUUAAGCGCUUCGACGCGCCCCCGCGACUCCCUGCGACAACAGCUAUUGGUAGCGGUCUUGGCGCCUACACCGGCCCCGCCAAGAAGCCCGCGCCGGCGAAGGAGGAUUCUGGUUCCAGUGCUUCCGAGUCUUCAUCAGAUGAUGAGAACAAGGGCCUCAGCGCGUUGAUUGGCCGUGAAAAGGCUUUGAUCAAGAAGGCGGUACCCGCUGUGCCCGAACGGCGAUCGAUCAAGAUUCUGGGUUCCACCACUACUGAUGUUCUCAGAGCGCGACAGGAAGAGCGACAGAAGGCGCAGAGGGCCAAGAUGCGUAUUCGCCCAGAUCUUACGCCACUUUUCCGAUACAUUCUGGUGUGGGAUCCCGACUACCAAGGUCCUCGCCCACCUUACCCCCCGAAUGUGGCAGCUGAGCUUGGGCCAUUACGGCCGAUGCCCAACUCCUUCAAGACAGGCAAGGACUAUGAGAGGGCGAUUCUUCCUCUGUUCCUGCAGGAAUUGUGGGCCCAGUUCACCAAAGAGGAGAAGCCACAGCCUACAUUCCAGGUCGAGGUUGCCACGCGUGCAUACGAGGACGAGUUCCUUGACAUCGACGUUGUCCUCCCCGGCAAACUCCCCAUGGGAUUCUCAGUCAACGAGAUGGACAUUGUUGUCAUUCGCCAGGGUUCUAACAAACCCCUCUUCGCCAAGGUUCAACACUUCCGCCGCAGCUUCAAGGACUCGGCGAUCAAGCUUCGUAUACUUGCCAAAAUGGACCAGACGAGCCUCGGAGCCAAAGCCAAGGUUCAGCUGAGGAAGCAUGUCUCACUGAGCACCGCCAUUCGCGAGUACGCCGCAUUGCGCGGUCUCCCAUACUACGAGCCCGCCCUCCUCAACGACGUCCUUGCGGCGCGCUCGGCAACCAUGCCCAAGUUCUCCCUCACUGACGUGGAAGAUGCAAUGAAGAACUUCAGUGUCAACGAGCCUCAGGCCAAGGCCAUCCUAGGUGGCAUGUCUGUCAAGGGCUUUGCAUUGAUUCAAGGUCCUCCAGGUACUGGUAAGACCAAAACAAUCAGUGGACUCGUCGGCAAAUUCCUGUCAGAGAGGAAGACGAAGAUUCCUGUCAACGGCUCGACACCCUUGCAAGAGAAGAUCCUGGUCUGUGCCCCAAGUAACGCCGCCAUCGACGAAGUGUGCAAACGUCUCAUGGACGGAGUUCCCAGCUCACAUGGUGGUCGCAUCAUCCCCAAGAUCGUCCGUAUCGGUGUCGAAACUUCUGUCCACGUCGCGGUCAAGGACAUCUCGCUGGAUAAUCUUGUCGAGGCGAUUGUCAACACGGAGGCCACUGCCAAUAAUGGCGGAAGUACUGAGCUUGCAAAGAUCCAAGCGGAACUCGAAGAGGUCAAGCAGGGCAUCAAGGACAAGCAAGACGAGUUACAGCGUGUCCAGGGCAACGAUCAGAAGCGCAAGUCUCUUGAGACUGAGCUGCACACCCUGAACACCCGCCGUACAAAGCUUGGUCAGGCCUCGUCGAAGGCCAAGGACGCAGCACGCGACGCAACCCGUAACCUCGAUGGUGCGCGUCGUGCCGCUCGCGAACAGGUUCUCCGAGAAGCCGACAUCAUCUGCGCGACCUUGUCAGGUGCUGGACACGAGUCACUGUCGUCGUACACAUUCGAAACUGUCAUCAUCGACGAAGCAGCCCAGGCUAUCGAAAUGAGCUGUCUUAUUCCUCUGAAGUAUGGCUGCCAGAGGUGUAUCAUGGUUGGAGACCCGAAUCAGUUGCCACCCACGACCUUCAGUCAAGAGGCAACGGACAACAACUUCAACCAGAGUUUGUUCGUCCGCAUCGCUCAACAGCCGACGUCGACAAUGCAUCUGCUGAGUAUCCAAUACCGUAUGCACCCCGACAUCUCCGAACUCCCCUCGAAGAUCUUCUACAACUCGCAGCUCAAGGACGGCCCCGACAUGGCCAAGAAGACGGCGGCCAUCUGGCACCGCAGCCAGGCCUUUGGCCCAUACCGUUUCUUCAACGUGGACGGUGCCGAGACGAAAGCGGGAACGUCAACCAAGAACUCAGACGAGGCUCAGGCCGCCGUGGAGCUGUAUCGCAACCUCGAGCAGCAGUUUGGGGGAAAGGUCAACUUCGCCAUGCGUAUCGGUAUCAUUACCAUGUACCGGGAGCAGCUUUACGAACUCAAGCGCAAGUUCAACGACGCCUAUGGCGCAGAGAUCUUGGACACCAUCGACUUCAAUACAGUCGACGGCUUCCAAGGUCAAGAGAAGGAUAUCAUCAUUCUCUCGUGUGUUCGAUCCGGCCCCAAUCUCCGGCAGAUUGGUUUCUUGAAGGACUAUCGGCGUAUGAACGUUGCACUUACCCGAGCCAAGAGUUCGCUCUUCGUCAUCGGCAAUGCGGCCACCCUGGAGCGUAGUGACAAUAACUGGAACACUAUCGUCGGUGAUGCCCGAGACCGAGGCUUCCUCAUCAACUACGGUCCAAAGGCGUUCAUUGCCGGUCCUGCAAAGCCCAUUGAACCCAAGAAGGCGCCGGCACCGGCGAGGACACCGGCGGGCCGGAGCAGCAGCCCCGUCAAGAACGGGGGCCCUGCAGUUGGCGCGCCGCCUGUGGAUUUGAAGCGCAAGCAGCCAGUGUCUGCCCCCAGCCCACAAGAGCCUGCGGCCAAGAAGCUCAAGGAAGGCGCCAGGCCCUCAUCAGCCGGUCUUGGGUCCAGGCCUUUGCCGCCAGCAAACGGACUUUCAUCCAAGCCACCCCCACCAGCACCGAGUAAUGGCAACUCGAACCCCCAGCAGGCCCCGGGGCCUCCAAUGAAUGGCGGUGCUCCAGGCCCGUCAGCUGGUCCGUCAGCUGCCGGCCCGUUUGUGCCCCGGCCACUGCCACCCCCACGCCGACCUCGGCCUCCGGAGGACGUGCUCUUCAUGAAGAAGAAGAAGCCCAAGCCUGCCCCCUCCAGGGCGCCCAUCGACGUACGCGCUGCCGUCAACGACGCCAUGACGGGUCGUCGUCCACCCCCACCCAAGUAAUCUGUCACACCACACAUGCCAC